AUACUUGAACCAGAAGCCUAUCUCUAAAAGCGGGGCAUUCUUGAUCCUCCUCAUAUCUUCCUUCGCCUUCACAAGUUGUAUUUCAUGAUCACUGACCGCUCGUGAGAGGCAUUACUCCCACCCUUGACAGUUCCUGCCUUCAUCCGACCGUUCAAAUCUUUCCUGGUCCUGACAUUGUAAUUAUCAACAUGAUAAAUAACAUUAAUGAUGUUUCCACUGCGAUUGAGAUCUUGAUUCGCUUUAUACGUCUAUAUGACAAGGUGGUUGCAGAAAAUUUCAGCCUUUUGCUGAAUCCAAUUACACGCGGCGAUAUUAAUGGUGGAUUACUGGUACUUAAGAGGCAUUUGUGUCAAGCAACCGACCACGAGGAGACCACUAACGAAGAGACGGCCACCGAAGAGACUGCCAACGAAGAGACUGCCACCGAAGAGACGNGCCACCGAAGAGACUGCCACCGAAGAGACUGCCACCGAAGAGACUGCCAACGAAGAGACCACCGAAGAGACCACCGAAGAGACCAACAUUCAAAAAGUCCUCCAAGAUCCAGAUUCAAAAUUGAUUUAUGAGUCCUUUCGUCAUGAUUUUGAAAGUAGUGCGACACAGUUCAUAGCCACCUAUAGCGCAAACCCAGAACACUUCUGGAAUAAACUGCCCUUGCUCAGUGAUGGACAUAUCGUCAGCCAGUUGUUGAAAGUGCUUGACCACCAUUCGGAAAUGAGUGACUUGGCCCAGAGGCUGCUUGAGAUUAAAUUACACGAACAAGUUCAAUUGCUUGAGAAUGCAUUUGUAGAGUCAAAUAGCACUCCGCGAAAGGGUGAGACAAUCAGAAGUGUGGCUCUCCAACGUGUGCUAGGUCACAAAGCUUCUCGGGCAGAAGACUUCAAAGUUGAUCGCGGGAAGAAGCUGUCACAUUUUGAGCUCAUCGAUAUAUUCCGGAUUUCAAAGCCUCAUUGGACUAAAUGGCGUAAGAUCAAACUUUUUAAGGUCCAUAUGAUAUGUAAAGCUUUAAGGCCUGUUCAAGCAGAGUGGGCCAAAGACCUCGCUGAUGUUCUGUCGAAAAUCUACAAGCAAAUACCUUCACAGACUCUGUUCACAUCCAAAACGAGAGAGGAAGAAGCACAAACUCCAGAUUCUGAAGUGGAGAAUUCCAAUCUGCCCAUGUCGAGUUUCUCAACAUCAGCCGACCAAGUUGACAGCCAGGCAGAUGGUCUCGAGAAGAGGAACAAUGGAACAAUACAUAAGGAACAAAAUAUGAGUUCCGCAGAAGCGAUUAUUUCCAAUAAGCGAUCAGCGUGUGACCUCUAUCCGCUAGCUGCGAAAAGACAAUGUCUCACCCAGGUAGCGCUCCCUUCACAAGGCCACGUAUCGGAAUCAGGCCCUCGGAAAAAUCGGACAGUGCAACCUAGCAACGACAAUUCCGCGCGCCCUGGUAUGCUAGAUGUUAGCCCUUUACGUGACUUUGGCUCUCAAUCGAACCCAGCAAUAGAAUACCAGACUUUUGGAUGUCCACGGUCCGAUAAUUCUGCAGCUAUCAAUAUUAGUUCAAGAAAUCAAUUGCGGAACUCGAUUAGCCGAGCAUUAACUGGAACUCCGCUACUGCAUGGAACAACUAUGUCUCAAAAACAGAUUCAAUUCUUCGAAGCCCAAACCAGGUCCCGUCAAUCCAGUCUUGCACCAGUAGUCGGCAAUUCCAUCUAUACUGAUGGUUACAACACUGGUCCCGACUCAAUAGACGCAAUAAUUGCUUCUGCCGAACCUCGAAUUUCCUGGCCUACGGGCAUGGACAGUUACGAUACUGAUACCGACCCAAUAGACGCGAUAAUUGCUUCUGCCGAACCUCGAGUUUCCUGGCCUACGGGCAUGGACAGUUACAACACUGAUACCGGCCCAAUAGACGCGAUAAUUGCUUCUGCCGAACCUCGAGUUUCCUGGCCUACAAUAGACAAUAUAGCCUCAAUCGAACAUGGAGCAUACCAAUGGUCUCCGCCAAAUAUCUCAAACAAUGUCUUAGAUCAACAUCCUGUCGCAGCGACAUAGGUAUGGAAACCAGAUAUCCAUAUUAGGUUGUCCGUACCGAGGAGUAAUAUGGGCAUCAUGGAUGU